AUGAGUCAUAGUACAGUUAAAAAGAAAAUCGGCAAAAUUGUCUCAAAAUUAGCUAAUAAACCAAAAGAUAUUAAACUAACUGUAAGUGAUAUCACUGAUUAUCAUUGUCAUGAAGAUACAUCAACAGAUGAUAACAGUGAGUUACAGCAAGAAAAAAAUAUACAACGAAUGAAACAUCACAUGGGAGAUACAUCAAAACCUCAACAUGAUCAACAUCCAACAAGUCAAAUACUAUCCAAUUCUCUACUGGAUUCAUCAUUGAAAAUUUUUCAUACGUAUGCUCCAAUGGGUAGUGGUCCGUCUUCAUCGUCCAAUCAUCCGACAUUAACAUCAUCGUCAUCAUCAACGCCAAAUACAACAAUUCCUCAUGAUUUGUAUAAACAAGCUCGUGAAGAAUUCGACACUCGCUAUGGAACACCAACUACAUUCUCAUUAAAUUAUCGUGAUUUUCAAAUCAUUCGGCCACUUGGCCGUGGCGCAUUUGGUUCUGUUAAAGAAGUAAAAUACGCACGUGAACCUGUACCUGACUAUUUGCAAUCCCAUGACAAUCCAUCGAAAUCUUAUCAUGUUGCCCUCAAAAUAAUUAAUAAAAAAAGUGCACAUAAAAUGAAGCAAGAAGAACAUGUUGUUAAUGAAAAACGCAUCUUACAAUCGCUUCAUUUUCCAUAUAUAAUACGUUUUUAUUUCUCAUUUAAAGACAAUGCUAAUCUUUAUAUUGGGCUAGAAUUAAUUGAAGGUGGAGAAUUAUUUCGUCAUUUACGUGAUUGCGAAAAAUUUGAUGAGAAGAAAGCUAAAUUUUACUCAUCACAAAUUAUUCUUGCACUUGAAUAUCUUCAUUUGUUAGGCAUUGUUUAUCGUGAUCUUAAACCAGAAAAUUUACUGAUCGAUCGACAUGGUUAUAUCAAAAUGUGUGAUUUUGGAUUUGCAAAAAAAAUUGAUCGUGGCAAAGCAUAUACACUUUGUGGUACACCUGAAUUUCUUGCACCAGAAAUUAUUCUUGGCCGUGGUUAUAAUAUGGGAGUUGAUUAUUGGGCACUCGGCGUUUUAAUAUUUGAAAUGAAUGCUGGCUAUUCUCCAUUUUGGGAUGCUGACCAACAAAAAAUUUACCAUAAAAUUAUCAAUGGAAAAUUUCGCCCUCGCUCAGCAUUUUCAGAAAAUCUAAUUGAUAUUGUUCGUGGCCUAUUACAAAAAGAUUUAACUAAAAGACUUGGCAUGAUGUUUAAUGGUAUUAAUGAUAUAAAAAAACAUGCUUGGUUUCGUGACCUUGAUUGGAUGCAAGUAUUCUUGAAAAAGAUUCGUGCACCAUGGGUACCUGAUAUACGUGCAAAUAACUUUCCCGAUGCUGAAGAUGAAGAACCAACUCGUUCGUCAGUUAAUUUAUAUGAAAAAGAGUUUCAUGAUUUUUAA